AGACAGAAGCCCAUAGAAAGGGAAGAACUAUUGAUAGCCUUAAAUUUAGGACAACUGAACUCAAGCUACCUUUAUUAGCUUUGAAAAGUUCUCAUUUAUGACAGAUUUGGCCAAGAUAUAAUCUCACCUUUGCUGUCAGUGAAAGAGCUGAGAGAUAUGGGGAUCACUUUGCACCUGCUUUUGCAUUCAGAUCGGGAUGCUAUUCCAGAUGUUCCAGCGGUUUACUUUGUAAUGCCAACAGAAGAAAAUAUUGACAGAAUGUGCCAGGAUCUUCGAAACCAGCUUUAUGAAUCUUAUUAUUUAAACUUUAUUUCUGCCAUUUCAAGAAGUAAACUGGAAGAUAUUGCAAAUGCUGCCAUAGGAGCUAAUGCAGUAACUCAAGUGGCUAAGGUGUUUGAUCAGUAUCUUAAUUUUAUUACUUUAGAAGAUGACAUGUUUGUAUUGUGUAACCAAAACAAAGAACUUGUUUCAUAUCGUGCCAUUAACCGACCAGAUAUAACGGACACAGAAAUGGAAACUAUAAUGGACACUAUUGUUGAUAGUCUCUUCUGUUUUUUUGUUACACUUGGAGCUAUUCCUAUAAUCAGAUGCUCAAGAGGAACUGCAGCUGAAAUGGUGGCAGUGAAAUUAGAUAAGAAGCUCAGAGAGAACCUAAGAGAUGCCAGAAACAGUCUUUUUACAGGUGACACACUUGGAGCUGGCCAGUUCAGCUUCCAAAGGCCCCUAUUAGUCCUUGUUGACAGAAACAUAGAUUUAGCAACUCCUCUACAUCAUACUUGGACAUACCAAGCUUUAGUGCAUGAUGUUCUGGAUUUUCAUUUGAAUAGAGUUAACUUAGAAGAAUCAACAGGAAUGGAAAGUUCUCCAGCAGGUGCUAGACCUAAAAAAAAAACCAAGAAGUCCUAUGAUUUAACUGCAUCUGAUAAAUUCUGGCAAAAGCAUAAGGGCAGUCCUUUUCCAGAGGUAGCUGAGUCUGUUCAACAAGAACUGGAAUCCUACAGAGCUCAAGAAGAUGAAGUCAAAAGACUUAAAAGUAUCAUGGGUAUAGAAGGGGAGGAUGAAGGAGCAAUAAGUAUGCUUUCUGAUAAUACAGCUAAGCUAACUUCAGCUGUCAGCUCUCUUCCAGAACUUCUGGAAAAGAAGAGGCUCAUUGAUCUUCAUACAAAUGUUGCCACAGCCGUUUUGGAGCAUAUAAAGAGUCGAAAGCUGGAUGUGUAUUUUGAAUAUGAGGAAAAAAUAAUGAGCAAAUCCACUCUGGAUAAGUCUCUUCUGGACAUGAUUUCUGACCCAGAUGCAGGAACUCCGGAAGACAAAAUGCGAUUAUUUCUGAUCUACUACAUAAGCUCAGCUCAGGCACCUUCAGAGAUUGAUUUGGAGCAGUAUAAAAAAGCGUUGAUGGAUGCAGGUUGUAAUCUUGCUCCUUUGAGCUACAUAAAACAAUGGAAGGCUUUCACCAAGAUGGCUUCGGCUCCAACCAGCUAUGGAAACACUACGCCUAAACCUUUGGGCCUGUUUUCACGUGUUAUGAAUACAGGAUCACAGUUUGUGAUGGAAGGAGUGAAGAACUUGGUACUGAAGCAACAAAAUCUACCAGUCACACGUAUAUUGGACAACCUCAUGGAGAUGAAGUCAAACCCUGAGACAGAUGACUACCGGUAUUUUGACCCCAAGAUGCUGCGAGGCAGUGACAGCUCAGUUCCCAGAAACAAAAAUCCAUUCCAGGAGGCGAUAGUGUUUGUAGUUGGAGGUGGCAACUAUAUUGAAUAUCAAAAUCUUAUUGACUACAUAAAGGGUAAGCAAGGCAAACAUGUCCUGUAUGGCUGCAGUGAACUAUUUAAUGCUACACAGUUUAUAAAACAGCUGUCCCAGCUUGGCCAGAAAUAAGACUGAAACACCGUUACCUGGAUGGCAACAUGACAACAGAGAAUUGUUACAACGUUCAGAUAUCUUCAUAUCUAUAAUUUUGUCAUUAUAUUAAAACUUAAACCCAUUUCAUUAAUACGAUAACUUUUUAAAAAAGAUCUGUAAUUAAUACGGUAUAUAUCAACAUUUCAGAAAUAAACCUUAAAACCUGCUAUAUUUUUGGUGGGGGUCAGUUUCACAUUAUUACACUCUCAAUGCAGUAUUAGCUAUGGCAUAUGACAGAGCUGGCUGAAAAGCAUAGCGUUUUGAAGUUCUUGCAUAGUUUCUGUUACAGUAAACAAAGCAAUAGCUUGAAGAAAAGGUCAAGUCUGUCUUUAGGAGACGUGUUCUUCUUGAAAGCCAGACUAUCUUUAUUUAACAAAAUUGAAAAGGACAAAACUGCCUUUUAGGACCGUAGACAAACAGCCUUAGUACAAGAGAACUACUCUACUUCUAGCUCUUGCCCUUUUAUUUUACCAAAGUAAUUGUACUUGUACUUAGAUUUGUGCAGUCUUUGCUUGAUGUUCCAAAGACGUACUUGAAGAUACCUUCAGUACAAGUUUCUCAUACAGUAAUUUAGCUCCUCUCUUAAGAUUAAGAGAAAAAUCACUUGCCUGCGCAGUCACAGUUUCAAACUGUAAAACUGUGAAAUCUUUUAUAAUUUUCUUCUGCAGUUUAUAGUGUAACUAACUGCUUUGACUUUUACGCUUGGGAAGGAACCAAGUCAUCCUCACAGAACAGCUUUUAACUGUUAUAAGUUAUAAGCACACAUUUAAAAUACAGGGUUUAACAAUUGCAUUAGGUAGGGGUGGUUUAGUAGUCUAAAGAAUCUGAAGUUUUGCCAGUAAUGACAGCUCUGGAUAGUGAGUACGGGAAUUGAGAGAAGGUAACAGAAUUUCUAUAUAGAUGUGGGUCUCUGCCUCUAGAAAUGUCCCCUCUGGAAACAGCACCGCUACUGGUGAAGCAAUAUGUUUUCAA